AUGAAAGAUGCAGGGCUCCAACAUAGAUUUCCCAAGUGCAGUUUUGAACUUCAAAGAAUCGAAGAUGUUGAAAGUCGGAAGUCUGGGUGCUUUGUAUUUGAUUUGACUUCUGCAGAUUGGUUUGGUGGGGAUUAUGGCAAAAUGUGGAUGCAUGUAGAAGGUCCAAAGGAUAACAGAGUUCUAAGUUUUGCCCCACUCUGA